CCUGUUCUCUCUGCAUUUGUCAAACCCUUUCAAAUCUCGAAUUUCCCAAUUUGGGAAUGAAACGUUAAUUCUGAACCGUAAACCUAGAGAAGGAUGGAGUGGGAGGUUGUGUGUGUGUGCGUGUGCGAGAGAGAGAGACUGUAGUGAGUCGUGUCAGGAAUGCGACGCCUCCUCGGCCUCUCUGAUUCCGCCUUCCGCCCAACAAGCCAGUCCUACCCGGAUCGUGCUUGGGAAUAUCUCGGAGUUGAAGUCCAGGCCUCGCUCUCUCCCCAGACCCAAUCCAAAUCCACAUCCUCACUGGGACUGAGUUUAGGGCAAACGCCAGUGUGACUGAGAUGCGAUCCGUUCAAAGACAGGGAUCAGAUCUUUCCGGCUGGGAAAUCGGAUGCCAUGCAGAAUGAAAGUGCGGCGGUAUCUCUGGCUGUUCCUUCAGGCGAUUCAGCUGUACCACUGUGAGUGUGCUACCAAAUGUAACAAUAUCACACAGUACUCACUGUCGUCCCGCUGCUGUGCCAAAUGUCCACCGGGUACCUUUUUGAGCAGUAAAUGCACGAUACAGAAAGACACUGAAUGCAGCCCCUGUGAAGAGGGACUGUAUCAGUCAAAGUGGAACUUGGCUGAUCAUUGCCAGAGGCAUACGUACUGUGAUCCAAAUGGAGGAUUUGUGACCGAGUCUCCUGGCAACACCUUGACCGAUGCUGUGUGUUUGUGUGCAAUAGGGAAGCACUGUAUCAAUGAGGACUGUGAAAUGUGUGUGGAGGACAAGAUUUGUGAGCCUGGCUCUGGAGUAGCUAAACCAGCGGAUCGUAAACACAGGGACACAGAGUGUGAGGAAUGCAGGAGUGGUUAUUACUCAAAUGUCUCGUCAUCUGUAGAGCUGUGUUGGAAAUGGACAAAUUGUGGGUCACGAGGAGAGCUGAAACCAGGCAAUGCAACGACUGAUGUGAAAUGUAAGCCUUGGCCUACACCAGUCCCUGACGAGACUCCAACGAUUGUGAUCAGCGUUAUAGUCACAGCCACACUGGUAGCUUUAGUUGCUGUCAUUGUCUACCACCGAGAUCACCUGAAGGAAAUGUUGAGCCGAUUCCACACGCGGCUCAAGCAACCAAAACGCCGUGGCUUUGAAGAGGUUAAUGGUGCUGCUGCAAUCUUCCAGGAAACCAGCUGGCAAUGUAGAGAGCAGCUGAGUGAGGAGGCAUCACUGCCAAUUCCUGAGUCCUUGGCGGAAGGACAGAGCUUGAUCAUAGCUCAAGAAGAUGGCAAGGAGAGUCAUCUCCCAGAGCAGGAGCAGGCAACUCUGCCAAACAGCUAGCAAGCACACUCACCAACAGAUUAGCUUGUGUUAUUUGUUGCUAGAUGGGCUAUUGGGCCUGUCUGAAGAACAUUGAACCCUAAGCCUUGGCACUAAGUCAAUGAGGUGACACCUUCCCCCCACCCCCCUCCGUUUUAAUGAUUUGACUGUCUUGUGAUGGCUUGUGGUCAUCUUUGGUUGACGUGCUUCCUGAACUUGUGUUUGCAAGGCAACCCUGCAUCUCGAUCCUGAUAUCUGUGCUCCAGGACCUGGGAAAAUAAGGCUGUCGUGCUCCCAUUGCAGAUGGGCAUGAGAAGCCAGGACAACCCUUUGUGUUAAAAAAUCCGAUAUAUGUACUCAACUUAACAAGAGCAAAACGGAGUGCUACAAUUAAAAGCGUUUGGCUGUGGA